GGUCAGACAACUUUACAAAUUAGUCUACCGUGUUGGUCGGAAUGCCGAGUCACACGCCCUGCAGUUCGUUGGCAGUCCCCGGCGGUGUCAGCGAUGGUCGGGGAACUUCGACGAGCGCACUUCGUUUGGGCGCGGGUCAGCGACCGGACAGUUUCGACGCAACAGGUGCGCACGCGUCUUCCGUUCCCGCGCGAAAACGCGCCUCGAACCCUUCGCGCCGUCCCCCGCGCGCGCUUUCCCGGAAACGACCCGUAUCAAUCGUUCCAUCGAUAUCCGUCUUUCGUCCGCGCUUUUUUGAGGGAAACUUCCUUCGUCGUGCGUGACCCGCGGUGAUUGACGCGCCGUCCCCCGAUCACUUCCCCCGUCGCAGGCUUCAAGACAAUGGCCAAAUACUUUGGCGACAUCGGCAAGGCCGUCAAGGACGUGCUGACCGGCGGUCUGAGCUACGACCACAAGUUCAGCGUCAGCGGAAAGCCCGUCUCCGAUGAACUGACCAUCAAGGCCGAGGCCGUGUCCAAGGGUACCGACUUCAGCGGCGACGGCACCGCGACGUACGUCGUGGACAAGGAACUCAGCGCCGAGCUCAAGGUCACCGACAAGGGCGUCGCCAAGGUUAGCGUGACGAAGACAGGCGUCGUCGACGGCCUGAAGACUGUCGCUUCCGUGAACCCGUCGGACGUCGCUAAAUCGCUCAAGCUCGCCAACACGCUGCUCUCCGGAGACGUCGGAGUCAAGGCGGACGUUUCCAACUGCCUCGGGGGCAACCCCAAGGUGGAGGCGUCCGCGUGCCUCAACCUCGGCGACGCGCAGGUUGGAGCAGAGGCGGCGGUGGACGCCGCCAAAGGCGUCGUCUCGUACGCGGUCGCCGCUCAACUCGCCGCCGAUGACCUCGUCCUCUCCGCCGUCCUCUCCGACGCACUGUCGACGAUCAAGGCUGGCGCCGCGCUCAAGGUGGACAAGGACACCACCGCCGCGGCGGAGGUCGUGUACAAACUCAACGGCGGGGACCUGAAGCUCGCCGGCGGCAUCGCGACGAAGCUCGAGAGCGGCCAAAGCGUUCGCGCCGUCGUGUGCUCCGCGGGACACAUCAGCGCGAGUGUCAAGACGAGCGUGGCUGAUGGGUUGGACCUGACGGCGUGCGCGCAGGUUCACAAGGACAUGAAGUACAAGUACGGGCUUCAGUUCGCGAUGAAGACGUGAUGACGAGUGUCGAGGAGAGCGACGCGUGGAUGCCGGACGACGGCGGCGAUCGCGCCAGCCGCGGCGUUGUAAAUUUCACAAUUCCUCCCGAUUAAAAAUGAAAAGCCGAACCUUCGACUCU